AUGAACAAAACAAGGAAUAAUUCAAAAGAUAAAAAAUUCAAGAUGGAAGCAAAAUGUAAAAAGAAGAAAAAAAAAAUAAAUAAAUCAAGGAAUUAUAAAGAAAAUUCACUAAAAGAAAAAAAAAUUAAUUCAAUAGAAAAAAAACUUAAUCAUAAAAAGUUAAAAAAUACUGAAUUUUUGAAAGAAAAUAGUGAUACGGAAGAUGAGCAAAAUUCUAUUUUAGAAGAAUUUUAUAAUAAAAAUGAUUUAAGUGAUACAAGCUCUAAUGAUAGCAUCAAAAAAUAUGAGGAUUGUAUUUUAAACAAUGAUGACAACGAAAAUGAAGCAAAAUUAAUUAACAUAGAAUACGUGAACAAAUACUUAAAUUCUAUUAAUAAGAAAACACGAUUAAAUAAAUUAGUUAAAUUACUAUCAUUUUAUAAAGAUGCUUUAGAUUUAUUUAAUGUUGAUGAGGUAGAUAGUGAAUUACCUAAGAUAGAAACUCCUAAUAAAAUACAAAAAAAAAAAAAGAAAAUAAAAAAGAAAAGAAAUAAAUAUUCUAUGAAUUUAGAUACAUCUUUGUUUAUUGUUUUUAACGUAUUAUAUAAUAUAAACACUCUUUUUUAUAAUAUUACAAAUGAUGGUAAUUUAAAAAUGAAGAUUUGGAAAAUAGAAAGUAUAAAAAAAAAUGAAUUAUUCGAAGAUAAACAGGAAAAUAUUAAAAAUAAUAAUUUGUCAUCUGAUAAUUAUGAUCUAGAAAAUAUAUAUAAAUAUAAAAAUAUUCAAAAAUAUAAGCCUAUUAUUGUAUAUUUUUUUAAAACAUUACUACUUAAAAUAAAAAACUUAAAUAACAAUGAUUUGCUCUUAGGAAUUUUAAAAAUAAUUAAAAAUAAGGAAAUAUUAAGAUGGAUAAUAAUAUUUAGCUAUGGAAAGCAAUUUUUAAAAAAAAUAUGUAAGUUUUUUAUUAUUUCUAAAAAUAAUGAUGCAUAUUUUUUUUUAUUUAUAUUAAUUCAAAAUAUGUUUCAAUUAUAUAAUGAAAAAAAAAGGACUAUAUUUAAUAACUUAUCAAAAUCAGAAUAUGAAGAAGAAAAUGAAAUUAAAAAAACUUUUGAUAUGGAAAAAACUAUAUUUGAAAUAUACCAGAGUUUUUUUCAAUCAUAUUUAAUACAUUACGGUACGAAUUAUAAUAUUACUCAUUUAAAUCACAUGAAUUUUAAAGAAAACUGUUUGAUUGAAUUAUUUACCUAUUUAUCGCAUGAUGUCGCAUAUAUAAUUGCCUUCAGAUAUAUACAAAUAAUCAUUCAGAAAAUUCGAGAGCAGUUUAAAACAUUUUAUGAAGAAAAAAAAACAAAUAAAAAAAAAGAUGAUCAAAAAAAAGUAAGUAAAAACAUAAUGAAUUUAAAGAAAUUUCAUUUGCACAGUAGUUACAUGAUACUACUAAUAAGGUUUUUAACAAAAAUUAUAAAUUUAUGUGACAAUUUAGACAUUUUAACAUAUGGUAUAACCAUAUUAAUUAUUUCCAUUUUGAAAACUAAAAUUAAUAAUAUGAAAUUUAUACCUAUUAACUUGCAAUUUAUUAACAUUUUAAUUCGUAUAAUGGAAAAUAAAAAAAAAUAUAUUCCAUUAUUUUCUUAUUUUUCAUGCAUUUUAAAUGGUUUGAAAUCAUAUAAGCAUAUAAGAUCUGUUUCAAAAAAUCAAGCAGUUAGAAUGUCUAUUGAAAAUUUUGAUAUUAACACAAGUAUAGAAAUUGAUGAAAAAUUAAUAAAUGAUUUUUCAAUACCUCACCAAAUUUAUGAUAAAAUAUAUGUGCUUUUAUAUGAUUAUAUUGGUCUUAUGGCAAAUCAUGUUUCUUUCCCAGAAUUUUUUGUUGUUAUAGAAUCAUAUUUAAAAAAAUAUUAUUCAGAGUGCGAAAUUUAUGUAUUUAAAUCUAGGAUAAAAAAUUUACUGGUACAAGCAAAAAGUUCUAUUGAUAUAAUUUUAAAUAAAAGAAAAAAUAUAAAUAUAUAUAAUGUACAUGAUAAAAUGACCCAUUUUCAAAAUGAAAAUUUUCCAUUAUCAAGUCAAAGGUUGAUUGUAUUACAGAAUUAUGAAAACAAUUAUUUAAAAAAAAUAGAAGCUAGAUUAAGUGGAAUAAAUAAUAUAAAAAAUAAUGAGGAGGAAAAUAGUGAAAUUGAAAAAAUAAAUGAUAAGAAAAAAAAUAAAAAAUCCAUAAAAAAGAAAAGAGAAGCUUUAAAAGCAGUAGAUGAUGGCAAUAGGAAAAAAAUAAAAAAAAUAAAAGAUUCUAUGAUUUUAUCAAAUAAUGACAACUUGGAAGAUUUUUCUUUAUCAAGUGAAGAAGAGUCAACCUAA